AUGGAGGAAGAAGUUACCCUAGUACGAGCAGAUGACCUAAGCCCCGCCGGAAAACCUUUGUACAGGCUUUACUUUAAGGGUCUGGUAAACAGGGAACCAACAAUGUUUUCGGCAGGAUUUGGGGUUGCAAUUUGCAGCGACAAGGAUGAUCUGUUGUUUGACAUGGACAGACCAAUUCCUGACCGCUCCAUUACACUUUUGGAGGCUGAGCUUAUAGCAUUGAAGUGCGGGUUAGAAAAAGCUGUGAUUAUGCAGAUCAAACAUAUCUCAAUCUGCUGUGACGAUGAUGAGAUUUUCGAAUUGGUCAUGGAGAGAUCAACGCCGGAGCGAGAAAGCACUGCCUUGCUAUUGCGUGAUAUACAAGGCAUAAGAAAAUAUUUGACGUCUAGCAUCCCUGUUCUGUUGACUCAAGAUCAAGCUAAUAAAUUAGAGACUUGCACUAUCUGUUUGAACGAUGACAUCGAUGCUGAUCAGAUGUUUCUUGUUGCUAAAUGUGGUCAUAUGUUUUGUUCCGAAUGUUUUAAACGACAUAUAGAGGUGGAACUACGGCAGAGAAGUCUGAUAAGAUGUCCUCAGUAUCAUCGUUGCUAUUCUCUACUGACUUAUCGGAAUUGUGUCAACAUUUUGACACCUAAACUAAAAGAGAUGUGGCAACAAAGGAUCAAAGACGACUCGAUUCCUGUAACGAAUAGAGUUUACUGCCCAAACCCUAGGUGCUCGACUUUAAUGUCCAAAACCGAGCUCUCUGCACAUAUUGGAGUUCGAAGACGCUGUGUAAAAUGCAGUGAACCCUUUUGCAUCAGCUGCAAAGUUCCGUGGCAUACUAACUUGUCGUGCAACGGUUACAAAAAGUUGCAUCCAAAUCCUACCAUAGGCGAUGAAAAGCUCAAAAGACUAGCUAAUAAGAAACUGUGGCGUCAGUGCAAUAAGUGUCAACAAAUGAUUGAACUCUCUGAUGGAUGCGUCAGUGUACUCUGCAGAUGUGGACAUGAGUUUUGCUACCGGUGUGGAGCCGAUGCUGGUGGUUGCCCUCAUGGUCAUAAAUACUUUCCUCAACGAGCGCUGACACUUUGGCGCUGCUGUUUUGUUUGCUUUUAG